UUUCUCAUUGCAGCUACCAGUCUCAUCACAAUGUUCUGGUCUCCCAUGCUCAGUCUUUUCAUCAUGUGGUGCACAGGUUCAGAUUCUCAGCCUGUGCUGACUCAGCCAUCCUUAGCAUCCGUUUCUCCCGGGGACCCAAAAAAGCUCUCCUGCGUCAUGGGCAGUGGGUUCAGCAUCAGUGGCUACACUGUGUACUGGUACCAGCAGAAGCCUGGGAAUCCCCCCAGAUACCUCUUGUAUUAUUAUUCUGAUUCCAGCAAGCACCAGGGCUCCGGGGUCCCCUCUCGUUUCUCUGCGUCCAAAGACACAUCCAGCAAUACAUGCUAUUUAAACAAUGCUGGAGCCCUGGCAGAAGAUGAGGCUGAUUAUUACUGUGCAGUGUGGCACAGCAAUGCGUGUCACAGUGAUACA